GCGUUGCGCCCUUGGAUCACCUCGCCGGCCCGGCGCGCACUUCAGCGUCGUCGUGAUAUCGAGCGCUUCUUCAUGCUUCCUACGCCCGUGCGAGCAGCUGCUUCGGUGCGCUCGGGAACACGAGCGCGCCCAAGCCGGGCCACGGGACCAUCUCGUUCGAUGCCAUGGACGUUCUUAAAGCCGUCCCGGCGCUGAGCGGUGAAAUCUCCAUCCCAAGCGACAACGGCAAACGCGAUGGUCGCAUUGGUGUCAUCUGCAGCGGCUCUCCUGCUCCUAUCCGCCACAGUUCUGCUCGUUGACGGCCGAGAGCUCUCGUCACUACAACGAGGUCUGUACGCCCAAUCUCCUACGCUCGACAGUCGAGGUGUCACCCAUUCGCUGAAUGUUUCCACCUGUCCCGGCUACGCCCUCGCCGGAUUGACGGAGAGCGCGUCUGGGCUGACGGCGAAGCUCAACCUCGCGGGUACGGCCUGCAACGCAUUCGGGACCGACUUUGCGAACUUGACGAUCAGCGUCACCUACGAAACGCAAACGAGGUACCGGAACCGCAGGUUACACGUCUCCAUCGCCGACAGCAACAGCUCCAACUUUGUCGUCCCAGAUUCCGUCAUCCCCCGCCCUUCUGGCACGCACCCCAAAGAAUCCUCGGAUCUGGUCUUCAACUACGACUCCUCCCCUUUCGCCUUUUGGAUCACCCGCCGCUCAUCCCCUGACGCUACCCCGCUCUUCGACACUCACACCUCCACCGCAUUGGAUGGAUUCCCGCUGGUCUUCGAAGACCAGUACCUGCAACUUACCUCAGCAUUACCUAAAGGCGCGAACAUAUACGGCCUCGGGGAAAUCAUCGCGUCCGCCGGUAUCCGACGCGACGUCGGCAUCGAUGGAGAUGGAAACCCGACGAACGGCACGAUCCAGACCAUGUGGGCGCGCGACGCCGGGGACCCUAUCGACCAGAACGAGUACGGCGUGCACCCGUUCUACAUCGAACAGCGCUACGACGCAGACGCAUCCUCCUCCUCGUCCCACGGCGUGUUCCUCGCCUCCGCCGCCGGCUCGGACAUCCUCCUCUCCACCCCGCCCGGAUCGAACGUCUCCCUGAUCGAGUACCGCCUCCUCGGCGGCAUCCUCGACUUCUACUUCCUCUCCGGGCCCGACCCCAUAUCCGUCGCCGAGCAGUAUUCGGAAAUCGUCGGCACGCCGACGUGGCAGCCGUACUGGGCCUUCGGCUUCCACCUCUGCCGCUGGGGCUACGCGAGCACGAACGAGACCAAGGAGCAGGUCGCGGCCAUGCGCGCCGCCAACGUCCCGCUCGAGGUGAUGUGGAACGACAUCGACCUCUACCACGCCCGGCGGGACUUCACGUCCGACCCGGUGUCCUUCCCCGGCGACGAGGAGCGCGCGUUCAUCGAGGAGCUCCACGAGAACCACCAGCGGUACAUCGCGAUCGUCGACGCGGCCGUCGCGCACACCGCGAACGCCACCGACGUCUACGACCCUUACACUUCGGGCGCGGAGAGGGACGUGUUCGUCAAGAACCCUGACGGGAGCGAGUACGUGGGGCAGGUGUGGCCCGGCUAUACGGUGUUCCCGGACUGGUUCAGCGAGGGCGCGGCGGGCUGGUGGACGGAGGCGCUCCGGAACUGGACGGACGGCGGGGUGACGUUCGACGGAUUGUGGCUCGACAUGAACGAAGUGAGCUCGUUCUGUACCGGCAGCUGCGGAUCGGGCGUCGAUUUCUCCACAGACGCGAGCUCGCACGAGCGCCGAGCGACGACGCCGGGCCUAGGCGCCGGCGAGGAGCAGGACGUCGACGUCAACGAUCCGCCGUAUACCAUCCACAACGGCAACGGCGGGCUGUCAAUCAGCACGAUCGCGACGAACGCGACGCACGCCAACGGCUUCGUCGAAUACGACACGCACAACAUGUGGGGCACGAUGGAAGCCAUCGCGUCGCACAAGGCGUUACUCGAUAUUCUUCCUGGAAAACGUCCGUUCAUCAUCGGCAGGUCGACGUUUGCCGGCGCAGGACGCUGGGAAGGCCACUGGCUCGGGGACAACUACAGUUUAUGGAGCUACAUGCGUUACGCUAUCCAGGGUGUGUUGCAGUUCCAGAUGUUCCAAGUACCGAUGGUUGGUCCGGACACCUGUGGCUUCAGUGAUAAUACCACCGAACAGCUUUGCAACCGCUGGAUGCAGCUCUCCGCGUUCUUCCCGUUCUACAGAAAUCAUAAUACGAUUGGCGCCCUCUCGCAAGAACCGUAUCGCUGGGAAAGCGUUGCCAACGCGUCGCGCACGGCCAUCGCCAUCCGCUAUGCCCUCCUCCCCUACUGGUAUUCGCUUUUCGCCAACGCGUCGACGCGCGGUACGCCACCCCUGCGCCCGCUCGCCUUUGCCUUCCCGGACCAGCUCUCCCUCGCCGGUAACUCGGACCAAUUCGUCAUCGGAGGCGACCUCCUCGUCACGCCCGUCCUCGAAGAGAACGCCACCUCGGUCACGGGCGUCUUCCCUUCCGGCGCGGUCUGGCGCGACUGGUACACCCACGAGGUCGUGAACGUGUCCGCGGACGGGACGGCCACGCUGGACGCGCCGCUGGGGCACAUCAACGUCCACGUCCGAGACGGCGCGGCGAUACUGCUGCAUGCGGAGCCCGGGUAUACGACCAACGAGACGCGCGAGGGUCCGUUCGAGCUGCUCGUGGUGCAGGCGGCGGACGGCUACGCCCAAGGCGAGGCGUACAUCGACGACGGGAUCAGCGUUCAGCCAACCCCCAGCAAGACCGUCAAGUUUGCGGCGACGGAGGGAAAGCUCACGAUCGGUCCCGAGGGCGACUACGACAUCGCGCAGAAGUUGACGCGCGUGACCAUCCUCGGCGUGCCGGGCUUGGCGAGCAACGUGACGGUCAAGGUCGGCGGGCAGGAGGCGCCGCAAGCGUCGGUCGCCGUCGACGCCGGUCUUCGACGGAUCGUAGUGGACGGGUUGGAGCUCGAUCUGAACGAACACCUAACGAUUGCCUGGUCUUAACCAGGGAUAGCCGAGGAGUGCGCGUUCGAGUAAGCGGAAGAUGUACGCACGAGAUGAUCAACAUGUUGAAUGCUCCGAGUUCCACUUUAGAGUGUACCAUGAAACGAGGACGAGAAUCUUGACUUGCGAUGACGGUAUUU